GCUAAAAAGCUUGGUCAGUCAACACCUUCACUUUAAAAACACCUAUUGAACUUCGCAUUGCUUUCUCCUCCUACUAAUCAUAAGAUCCAAAAACAGAGCAAAAACGAAAACAAACCAAAAACGACCAAUAUCUCAUCUCAUCCGAAAACAUGGAGAAGAUCGAGCACACAACGGUCCCCACAAACGGCAUAAACAUGCACGUGGCAUCAAUCGGGAGCACCACUGCUCCGGCAAUUAUAUUCCUCCACGGCUUCCCCGAGCUCUGGUACUCCUGGCGGCACCAGAUGAUCUCCCUUUCCUCCCUCGGCUACCGCUGCAUCGCUCCCGACCUCCGCGGCUAUGGCGAGACCGACGCGCCGCCGUCGCCGGAGUCGUACACGGUGUUCCACAUAGUCGGCGACUUGGUGGGCCUGCUGGACCAUCUGGGUCUCGACCAGAUCUUCGUUGUGGGCCACGACUGGGGAGCGGUGAUCGCCUGGUACUUGUGCCUCUUCAGGCCCGAUAGAGUCAAAGCUUUGGUCAACAUGAGCGUCGCCUUCAGUCCAAGGCACCCAACCAGAAAGCCUAUCGAAGGCUUCAGAGCUUUGCUUGGCAACGAUUACUAUAUUUGCAGGUUCCAGGAACCGGGAGAAGCUGAGAAAGAUUUUGCUCGUGAUGACACUACAAAUUUGCUGAAGAAAUUCUAUCUAGGACGGAAUCCGAGCCCUCCAUGCAUUCCUAAAGAAAUAGGAUUCAGUGACCUGAAAGCCCCACAGACCAUGCCCUCCUGGCUCUUGGAAGAAGACGUCAAAUUUUACGCUAGAAAAUUCGACGAGAAGGGCUUCACUGGAGGGUUAAACUAUUAUAGAGCUUUGGACCUAACCUGGGAGCUAACAGCAGCAUGGAGUGGAACACAAGUGAAAGUACCAGUGAAGUUCAUUAUAGGAGACCUGGAUGUGACCUACCACGUUCCCGGUGCAAAAGAAUACAUACACAACGGUGGAUUCAAGAGAGAUGUCCCGUAUUUGCAGGAAGUGGUUGUGAUGGAAGGAGUGGCUCACUACAUCAACCAAGAAAAGGCCGAGGAAACCGCCGCUCACAUUUACGACUUCGUUAAGAAGUUUUGAUCUUUCACCCGACAAGUUCAUCACACUUGCCUCAGUUCCCUUAUGUUUUGUUCUGCAGUGUAGUUGGUGAGAGUCGCAAAAUGCAAGGAGAUUUAUGGCAGACAGAUUGUCUUUUUAAAGUCUAGAGCUAGGCAGCUGCGGCCGGCUUGUUAUGUAUUGUUAUGAGAUUUUCUUUCGUUCCCAUCUGUUUGUUCGUCAAGGACCCACUAACAGUUUACUCUUAAGGUUCUGGCAUCUUUACCUAAAAUUGUGGUGAAUUUACUCUUUUAAUCCUCUUAACAGUUUUAGAAAGAAAAUAGAAGAAAAAAUGUUGCAUAAAAACAAGAUAAAUAUUGUACCCCUAA